AUGAGAGGAAUUCUCAGAUACUCUGAAGAUAUAUCCGUAAUAUGUGCGUUUAAUACGACAUCUCCGGAGUUAAAUGUAGAAGUCGAAAAAUAUAUUGAUAACGUCUUUAAUAAUGACGAAAAGAAAUAUGAAAUUGUGGCCUUAGAAAUUCACGAUGAACCCUUCCAAAUAUAUAUCGUAAAAAAGUACUUCUUGACUU